GCCGCCCUCACUUCCUGGGCCGGGCGGGGGCAACAUGGCGGCCAGCGGUGGCGCGGCCCUGCUUUUGGCGGCCGUGCUCGGCCCUCUCGCCGUCUCGGGCUUCUCCUCGUCGCCCGCGGGCAGCCCCGGCGAGCCGCGGAGCCGCGUGCAGGUGCUGAGCGGCUCCAACUGGAGCCUGGUGCUGCAGGGCCAGUGGAUGGUGGAGUUCUAUGCUCCUUGGUGUCCAGCUUGUCAACAGAUUGAACUGAUAUGGGAGAGUUUUGCAAAAGAAAGUGAGCGGCUGGAUAUCACUGUGGGAAAGGUGGAUGUCACUCAAGAGCCAGGAUUGAGUGGUCGUUUCUUUAUCACAACACUUCCUACAAUUUACCAUGCAAAUGAUGGAGUAUUUCGCAGAUAUCGUGGCUCACGGACAUUGGAAGAUCUUCAAAGUUAUGUUCUAGAGAAAAAAUGGGAAGCUGUGGAGCCUGUAGCAGGAUGGAAGUCUCCAUCUUCUAUAGUGAUGCAUGGUAUGGCUGGACUAUUUCAACUCUCUGGGUGCAUCAGGCAAAUUCAUAGCUACCUCACCGACACUCUUGGAAUUCAUGUUUGGAUUUCUUAUGCCAUCUUCAUCUUGGCUACCUUACUGAUUGGCCUGAUCCUCGGUUUGAUGCUGGUUUUGAUUUCAGACUGCCUUUGUCCAUCAAAGUCACAUUACAGAGAUGAAACAUCUGAAGUAAUUACAAAGGAGAAUGUGGAGAAUGCAGAGAAUGCAGUGUUAGAAGAACCAGAGGAGGCCACAGAGCUUUCUGCAGAUGAUGUGGAAGAGGCUGCGGAGGUAAAAGACCUCUCAGAAGAAGAUGCACCAAAUUCAAGUGUUGAUGACUCUGAAGAGGACUUGGCACUUGGAAAAGAAUCAGGUGAAGAAGAAGAAAUGGAAGACUUGAAUGAGCAGCCUUUAGCUGAUUCAGAGACUGAAAGCUCAGUAAGACAGCGUCGAAGUCAGGUGGCUGAUCAUGGACUGUAGUUUCUGGGGCGUAUUUUAUACACUUGGACCAAAGAAGUAUCAGACUCUGGGUCUGAAGCUGAAGCUUACACUUGAUUUAUCACUUGUGUUUACGGAAAACCUCUGCUCUUUCAGCAGGCUUUUCUUUUUCUUUUAAACUAGUAAUUAUUCACUGAGUUUGUUUUAUAAGCAUAAAUGCUGUGUAUUAUAUAACUUUAGCCAUGACAAUCAAAGUGAACGUUAUGACGUUUUUGAAGACUUUUAAGGGAAGAGGGGGUGUGAUGAGUCUCAGCACUGACCUAAAUAAGGCAAAGACUUUGAAUUCUUAAGUAGUGUGGCAGGCUUGUGACUUUUCUGUCUGAAUGUUAAUUUUUUCCAAAAGCCACACAAGCACCAGAUCAGCGAUAGAGCAGUGGAAGAAGGUACCUUACUAGUUUUCUGUUUAAAGACAUUGUAUGCGGAUUUAUUUUUAUUGCUUUCAACUGAAGCACCUUUCUAUCUUUCUUAAUGUUUGUGUUGGAAUUAUAUCAUGCAGUGUGCUUUGCUUUGUGCCCUGGUUUUUGUAGCCUCAAUUUUUUCAGGCUGUGGUAAUUCGUAGGCUUGCUGCAUAGCUUAGGCUUGUCAGCUGUUUUGGUUUAUUUUGACCCAAGAAGUUUGAGUAAUCAAAAGCUAUAGGCCCAUGAAGAAUGACAGCUCUAUGCUAAAAAUAUCUUUAUAAUUAAGAGUUUUAAAAGAAAUUAUUUUGGUCAGGGAAAAUUUCUGCCAAAGCAUGACUCUUUUCUUUGGAGAUUGUAGCAAGAAGUACUCAUUUGGCAGCCAUUGAGUUGUGUAUUUCCUCCCAAUCAAGGCAUGACACCUGCAGUGCAGUUCUGCUGUUUCCAACCCAGAAUGGUUUUGGCAGAGCUCAAACUUCUGUAGUAGUAUUAUUUGAGGGGUUCACCUUUGUCACUUUUCUACUUUGUUACUAGAUUCAGCACAUUAGGAAAAGGGAGGGGCAGUGGUGAAAAGCUAGGAGAAGCUUUUGGUUUUGCUACUUUCAUCAAGGUAAAUAUGUAUCAAACUAUAUAAAGUAAAAAUGCCUUGCUAUGUAGACAGCAUUAGGUAUGAUUAGGUACGCGAACUAAGUCAUUAAUGAUUGUGUAUUUUCCUCCUUUGGUUGACUUGGUUAAUGGCUUUUUAGGUAAAGAAUAUUUACAGUGAGAUCGUGAAUGUUCCUAAUUUGAUGUAUGAUCACAUGUGCAUAAGAUGUAUCUUAAGAUUAACUUUUUUAUAUUGCAUAAAACUUGCUAAUGUGCAUGAAUUUCAUCUAGAAUAAAGAGUAAUCAGAUGAAAUUAUUUCUCUUACUAGAAGAGAAAUUGCAAGUGCAAAAUACUAGUUUCCUUUGAGACUGAUAUUAUUAGGGCCAAUUUGUCUUGAAAUUUGAUUUUUAAUGCUCAUAGAGAGCAUAUUUACUCAAUUUUACAAAGAAAGCUGAGCUUAACAAUAGCAUAUUGUGUCUUGGAACCAUAUAGUAGAAAGUUUAAAUUUUUCUUUAUACAGCUGUAACAGAUAAAAUUACUCUGCAUCUAUUGAAUAUGAUUUUUCAUGGAGUGAGCUGAGUUGAGGUUAAAUCUCAUUCUACAAUAGUAGAGAUAGGUAAAUGAGCUUUCACAUAUGUGGAGGCAAUACAGUUGCACUAUAAUGAGAACAGUUGGUUUGUGUUAUCUGUGUAUUCUUCCGUGUAAUUAAGAAGCUGUAGAAUCUCACAGGCAGCAGGACUCCAUAUCAGUUGAGAUGUAUUUAAAUUUUUUUAUAAAAAGCUCAAACUAAACAUGUAUUUGCAAAACUUAAAGCUUUUGUGGCUACUGUAGAGGGAAAAACUGUGCAUAUAAGAGCACAGAGCACAGUUCUGUAGUUUCUAGGACAUAUUUGCCUUUUUCAUUAUCUAAAAUGAAGAUCAGACUUGAGCAUAUUUCAUGAGACGAGUAGGGACCGGUGUUACAUGGACUUGUGUAAGAUAAGAAUUGAUAUAUCCUUUCAAUCAUGGGCCCAAAACUACUGCACACUGGGGAAUAUGGAAGAACUGUAUCCAGCAUAGGUUGAGGACAGCGAUGCCUUUGUGCGCCGAAGAGAAUAUUUUGAGCUGUGUAGAGCAUUGUGAUAUUUGUAAUGUGUCAGAAAGAAUGCAUAAGUAUUACACUUUAUUCAGUUUCCUUCUGCUUUUUUAAUAAUGUAGAGCCAGUCAUCUGAAUUCCUCUCUGGCUGCUUAAAGAUGCUCCAAACUUUGAAAAAUUCAGAACAUCCUUAUUCCUCCCAGUGGCUUUGUCUUACACACUGAGAAUGUGAAGUAUUAAAAAAGUAUUAAAUGAUGUUACGUUUUGUGUGUGCUCAGGAUUAGGUAUUUGGGCUUUUUGAAUGUUUAUGUGACUAAGAUGUUCUCACAAGUGUUGUAUUCAAUAUGGUGUCCUUGAAUUUCUUUUUAAGAACAAACAAAAACCCCACAGAAGCAGCACUUUGUCCUAGCAGAUGCAGGGUUUCUGAGGUGAUGUGAGAAAGAUCAGAAGCUGUUGUUUGAUGAUUGUCUGGAGUCUUUAUUUACAGUUCUUGUUUUUGCAUAUCUCUGUUAUGUUUGGAUUAUUUAAAAUGAAGUUCAUAUUUUCCAUCAUAUUGAACCAAACUUCAGGAUCACUGAUGUGAAGGGAUUAAGUAAGCAGGCAGCAAGUGACAGCAGUACAUCUCUUCACAGAUCUUUCUUGUGAAUCUGGAAGUCACUAGUAGGAAGAUUCUAAGCUUCUCAAAGAACAUAACCUGCAUGCCAUCGGUCCUGUGUUUUUUAUGAAUAAAAUAGGAAGUAUGCUAA